AGAAACUGCUGAAACUUGUUAGUAGGCUUUUGUGAGGCCUUUUUUUUUCUGUUGAGAGAUGAUGCAAAGACUAAUGAUGUUCAGGAACAAGAGUGGGAAGUGUAUGUGCACGGGACUGCCAGGAUCUCCCCCGUGCUACGACUGUACUUUCAGUCUCAAAAAUCCUCCUCCCAAUUAUGCCUCUAUAUCCGAAAACGUCAAAGGCAGCAUCUCUGGGCACUCCCCUGCCUCCAAACGCCGUGGGACACCACCAGCUUCCAGGAAGGUAUGCCCCAGCACCUCAAAAUGCCUCGAAGACCCUGCCAGUUCUAACUGCAUCCAGGAAGAUCUCUUGGAAGCUACUGACUUCGAAGUGGCCAGACUGUCGCACGCGAUGGGCCGCAUUGGAUUAGCCGUGGCUUUCUUGGCCGACGGACAAGACGCGACGGUAGCAAUGCCCAGUGAUGUGAACACUAAAGACAGUGCUCGGUGCAGCAGUCUACCCUCCUUCGUGGAAGCCACAGCUGAUCACCCUCGCCUACCCCAUCCAAGUUCCGCCCCAGAGCUCGAUCUCUUCAGUUCGCAGACGAGCCGGUGUCCGGCGGGCCGUCGGCUUCCUGGAAAGGAUUACCAUCUCGUAUUGCCGGCCAUUAUCAACCAUCUA